UUGACAGGGUUUGUCCUGGGAGGUGCGUUCGGGAUCUUCACGGCUGGGAUCGACACCAACGUGGGGUUUGAUCCCAAGGAUCCCUAUCGCACACCCACGGCCAAGGAGGUGCUCAAGGACAUGGGGCAGAGGGGCAUCUCCUACGCCAAGAACUUUGCCAUCGUGGGUGCCAUGUUCUCCUGCACGGAGUGCGUGGUGGAAUCUUAUCGUGGGAAGUCAGACUGGAAGAACAGUGUUAUCAGUGGCUGCAUCACGGGGGGAGCCAUCGGCUUCAGAGCCGGGUUGAAGGCCGGGGUGAUCGGCUGCGGGGGAUUCGCCGCCUUCUCCGCUGCCGUCGAUUACUACCUGCGGUAACAGCCGGAUCCCUCGGAGCAGCCUUCCCUUUAGCUCCAGUGCUGCUGCUGAGAGCCUGCACCACAGCACAACCACCAGGCUUACCUUUCCACUGCCUCUGGAGUCCUGAUGAGCGCGAGCGGGACGGCGUUGGCCGCUUUUCUGAAUGACUAACAACGCUCUGGCUCCCAGCCCGGGCGAGCUGCUCCGGGCAGACUUGCGGGAGUACACGAGGAUGGAGCCAGGGACAGAGCAGCAUCUCCAGGAUGGAUCAGCUGACUGUCAGUUUCCAGGAAACACGCCUGGACUCUGAGCUUUUUCAAUCUGAUUUUGAUUAAGUCUGUUGCUGGCAUCAAAAGAGGCAGGAGGACAAUCUCCGAACAGAAAUGCUCCGAUUUAGGUUACCGCGUGUCUGAACGUGCUGCAAGCAUUUAACAGUUACCAGUUUGCAGCUUGCUACUCUGUUGGGGAGAGGUAAGAUCCUGUGGAGAAAUAAGUUUGUUCCAGGCUUUUCUUAAAAUACCAUUUGAAGACAAACCACCAUCUGUACAACUUGUCUUAUUUCAUAAGUACAGAGAUGAGCGCCAGAUUUCUUUACCAUGUCUUAAAGGGAAAAGCAGAAAGGAAUCCUUAGCCUUAGAGCCAUGUGGUUACUGGCAGAUGAACAGAACAGUUUAAGGGGAAAGAAAAGAGGUUAUUGCUGAAGUAUAAUUCUCUGUAGCCACUUGGCUAGCCUGAUUUAACCUCGCUGUGGGAGUACAAAGAAUUUUGCUACUGCUUUAACUGCCCCAGGCUCGCCCCAUUAGUUCCAGCAGUUUGAUAGUGAGACUAGAAAGCAGAGCUGUGAGACUAAACCACUGUUUGACAGA